UCCAUGGAUGAUCAGUCCUGGUCAUGAGGGUGUCACAACCACCUCUUUACGUAUCUGAAUUCCUCCCCCUGAGAGAAAAUUUCAGGCCCAGGAUAGAGUAAUCAUCAGGUCCACAGCCCUGGCCACUUGAGUGGGGGUGUUUUGAUCCUAAUGUUAUUCCCAUGUUAGCACAGAACUUGCGUGGCAGUAGAGAGAGGUCAGGCUUCAGAGUCAACAAGAACUGGAUUUCAAACUGGAUUUGAGGACCCCCACCUUUUGAUAGGUGACUUAUUCUCUGUGAGUCUCUGAUCUCUCCUCUUUAAAUGAGGAAGUAAAUCCCGCAUGGCAGGGUGGUGGGGAGAAUCAGAGAUCAUACAGCUGGUGAUCACAACUGGUUUCUGUUUCCAGGGUUACCAGACUAGCGUUUCUGAGCAUGGAUCCAACCAUCCCAACCUUGGAUACAGAACUGACACCAAUCAACGGAACUGAGGAGAUUCCUUGCUACAAGCAGACCUUGAGCCUCACGGUGCUGACGUGCAUCACUUCCCUUGUGGGGCUGACAGGAAAUGCGGUUGUGCUCUGGCUCCUGGGCUUCCGCAUGCGCAGGAACGCCUUCUCCAUCUACAUCCUCAACUUGGCCGCAGCAGACUUCCUCUUCCUCAGCGGCCGCAUUAUAUAUUCCCUGUUAAGCUUCAUCGGUAUCACCCAUAUCAUCUCUAAAAUCCUCUAUCCUGUGAUGAUGUUUUCCUACUUUGCAGGCCUGAGCUUUCUGAGCGCCAUCAGCACCGAGCGCUGCCUGUCCGUCCUGUGGCCCAUCUGGUACCGCUGCCACCGCCCCAGACACCUGUCAGCGGUGGUGUGUGUCCUGCUCUGGGCCCUGUCCCUGCUGCGGAGCAUCCUGGAGUGGGUGUUCUGUGGCUUCCUGUUUAGUAGUGCUGGUUCUGCUUGGUGUCAAACAUCAGAUUUCAUCACAGUCGCGUGGCUGAUCUUUUUAUGUGUGGUUCUCUGUGGGUCCAGCCUGGUCCUGCUGAUCAAGAUUCUCUGUGGAUCCCGGAAGAUGCCGCUGACCAGGCUGUACGUGACCAUCCUGCUCACAGUGCUGGUCUUCCUCCUCUGCGGCCUGCCCUUUGGCAUUCAGUUUUUCCUAUUUUUAUGGAUCCACGUGGACUUGGAAGUCUUAUUUUGUCAUGUUCGUCUAGUUUCUAUUUUCCUGUCCGCUUUUAACUGCAGUGCAAACCCCAUCAUUUACUUCUUCGUGGGCUCCUUUAGGCAGCGUCAAAAUAGGCAGAACCUGAAGCUGGUUCUCCAGAGGGCUCUGCAGGACACGUCUGAGAUGGAUGAAGGUGGAGGGCGGCUGCCUGAGGAAACCCUGGAGCUGUCAGUAAGCAGAUUGGGGCCGUGAGGAAGAGCCUCGGCCCUAUCAGACAGGACUUUGAGAGCAACGCUG